UUCAGUUUUCACUUUUGUUUGACCACCACACUGAUUUACUUCAGUUUAGGACUCUCUUCAGUACUACCAUGGAUUACAAGAGCUGAGGUAAUGAGGAGGGUCAAUGUAUGGACAGCAAGUGAUGAGCUCAGGAAAAAGCUCUUAGAUGCCUUGAAAGAAUGUAUAAUAACUGAAAAUGAAGAUUUAAAUAGCAGUCUCUGGUCUCCCAUAAAAGGCAGUCCACCUUAUGGAGGCAACACAUGGAAUAUAGGUGUAGCUACUGCAAACAGCAACAAAUCUAUAAAUCAGUGGAGGAGCUACAAUGAAAUGAUGGGAAACAGGACCACAAGUGUAAACAGAGACCAAAAAGUUCAUAUGGAUGGAGUCUAUUGGAAAAAUUAUUCAGAUGAUCAAGAUUACAAAAACUGGAAGGAAAGUAAAUGUUUCAACAGAGGAGGUAAUCAUCAGAUGCGACAGAGAUGCAGAAGGAGUUCUGAACUACCUGGAGGAAAUGCUUUAUCUUCUUGCGUGGAUCAAUGCUUGUUUGUAAAACUCCAGGUGGUUGACAAGAAUGGCCUUCCUGUCGAAGCUCUAUUUAUGGAAUUAUUAGAAACCAGCAUACCAGAGCAACAAAUGAGAAGAAAAGCCAGGAGUGAACUGCAUUAUUGUUUUCAGAAAAUGGCAUCAGUUGCUGAAGAAGACACAUGUAUAUUUGGAAAGCAAUUUGCUAGCUGCUUGGAUCUGAAUGUGCAGGACAUCAAGAAACAUCAAAGUAAUUCAUCCAACAUUAAUAAGUUACAUUAA